AUGGCAGCGCCCAUGCGCAAUGCCCUCAGAGGCACCACCGCCAACAUCUACUCAGCAUCAUCACCAGCAACACUCCGUCGCCUGACAGUCGGCACUCCAGCGCGAGCGCAGCAACAGGCCGUCAUCGCCGACAAUCUUGCUGGUCCUCUCCCUCCUCCUCCUCCUCCUCCAUCGCAACAACGACAGGAACAGCAGCAUUCGACGUCAUCAGACCUCGAGAUACCACCAUCUAAAUUGGAGCCCGUCCCUUCCCUGUCAUCGUCGUCAAAGGCCUUCUUCGACUCUACCGGUAUCCUGUGGGUUGGUGUCGGUAACGGUGACAAUCAACCAUCGGAUCCCAACAAGGCAAAACUAGGCAAGACGCUUCGAAUCCUCCAAGAACGACUCCCCACGCUCCUCCAAUCCCCCCUCCCGCAAGACAUUCUCUCCCCAACCAUAUCCCUCCACCUCUUCCCCUCGACGCACCCUCACCUGCCCACCGUCUCGGGCCGGGUGGCCUACAACGCGGCACUGUGGACGUCCCCCAUCGCGUGGAACCGCGUGCCCAUCAUCGGCAACGUGAGGCUCGAGAUCCUGGCCGAGCGCAUGACCACCGAGCCGCUCACCUUCCUGCCACGCAGACCAGGCGCCAUGCCCGAGCAGCUCGUCGUGCGGUGGACCGAGAAGUGCAGGGCCCGUCACUCCCCCAGGAUAACCACCACCUCUCACCUUGCCACCGUCGGCGGUCGCCUCGGCGGUGGUGUCGACCCCAACGAGGCCUUCACCGGCCUCUUCAUCUUCGAUUUCGAUCGCGAAGGCCGCAUCCUCAGCCACACCAUCGAGACGGCGCAGGAGGGCGGUGACUGGGAGAAGGGCAUGGGCGCCAAGUUUGUCGGUCUGACCGACUGGCUUCUCGGUGGCAUCCGAGAUCCCGGUAAUACGCCAGCCCCUAUAUUCGAACGCCUUGGGAGGCGGUGA